UCGAACCUGAAACUUUAGGUGGGACCAAUAUUGAUUUCUUUACCCACACACCCAUUUCAACUAUACCUCUGUGGAUCACACCACACUUGGUGUGUAUCAAAAGGCCAAGAAAUGGCACAGGAUAACCAACUAAUUCCCACCCCUCGAGAACGUUUUUGAAGCCUGAAAACUUGGAUUUUUUGGGCUCACUCGUGUGCCUAAAACUUUGACUAAACAACACAACAAGUACAUCAUUUGCACGAGUGUGUGAAACAGAUCACCCAGCCCACCUCUUUUUUCGCUUCAAUUCUUACUCAUACUCCCACUUGUUUUCUGGGUCCAAGAAACUCGUUCUGAUUAUAGUAUAUGAUUUUAUUCAAUCUCGAAUGCGGAGUUCAAGCAAUAAGCAUGAAAAUAUAGAGUUUAUAUAAAUGUAAAGAUGGUCUUACUUUUAACUCGGCUCUGAAUCUGAAGUCUUUUUUUCAUCACGAGCCUAUGGCAAUGGACACAGCUAGCCUCAAGGACAGUCACAGUCCAGUUCUCUCCAGUCCUUUCUCAUCGCCGAACGUUGCUGCCCUGCUCAAGAUUAAGAUCAUUUCUUGGAGCCAAGAGACCGGUUUACCUGUUUCUGUCCGCGUUCAAGUUGCUGAUAGGACCUUUAACCUGCACAAGCACCCACUCUACUCAAAGAGCGGAUACUUCAAGAGAAAUCUGAAGGACUCGAAUGAGAUCGAGCUGCCCCAAACUUUCCCUGGCGGACCAGAAGCCUUUGAGAUGAUUGCACUCUUCAUCUACGGUUCCUCCACAUUAGUUGACCCCUUCAACGUAGCAUCUUUAAGAUGUGCAGCAGAGUUUCUCGAAAUGACAGAAAUUCAUGCCUCUGGAAACCUCUGUGAUCGUUUCGACGUAUAUCUAAACCAAGUGGUCCUACAAAGUUGGGAUGAUACCCUCAUCGUCCUCCAAAAGUGCCAGACUUUACUUCCAUUGGCAGAAGAGCUGUUAAUUGUGAGCCGUUGCAUUGAGUCUCUUGCUUUCAUGGCAUGUAUGGAGAUUCUUGACCCGGAUAGGAGACGGUUCCAACCAGUGGUCACACUCGAGGCUUUGACUGGUCAAGCCUGGAGCUGUGAAACAGGUAGGGAAAUACUGAACCAUGAUUUGUGGAUCAAGGAUCUCAUUGCUUUGCCAUUUGGGUUUUUCAAAAGGGUGAUUGGGUCAUUGAGAAGACAAGGGAUGAAAGAGAAGAAUGUUAGUCCCAUCAUCGUUUUCUACGCAAACAAAUGGUUGGUUUCGAAGAAGACUAGACAGUUUUGGGAGAAUUCGGGCGAGAGAAAUGAGGAUAAGGAUGGUAGGAACAAAGAUUUGGUUUUGUUAGAGGGUGUUCUUGAUUUGCUACCGGCUGGGGAGAAGGGUGGUAAAAUGAUCCCUUCUGGUUUCUGCUUCUCCUUGCUUUCCAGGUCUCUUGAACUAGGUUUGGAUAGCGAGAGAAUGGCGGAAUUGCAAGAUCAGAUUGCUUCUGUUUUGCGUUUGGCAAAGGUGGAAGAUUUUCUACUUCCUACAAAUAGAUCCCAACCCAUUUCCUCUAGCAUAGAGUUGGCUACAAUGGAGCGGAUAUUUUCAACUUAUGUCUCAUCCAACAUGGCUUCAAAUAAUACUCCUUCAACUAGCCAUUCCAUUGUUGCAGAUUUGUGGGAUUUGUAUCUUUCGAAUAUCGCUCCUGAUCCAAAAAUGGAGCCAAAAAGAUUCAUGGAGCUUAUUGAAACCGUUCCAAUAUCCAGCAGACUAAGCCAUGACCAUCUGUACAAAGCACUGAACACCUAUCUGCAGGCACACCCAGGCAUAUCACAAGACGAUAAAGGGUUUGUGUGCAAAUACCUGAACUGCCAGAAACUAUCACAGGAGAUGUGCAUCGAAGCAGUUCAGAAUGACUUGAUGCCACUGCGCCUAAUAGUCCAAGCACUUUUUGUUCAGCAACUAAACACGCAUCGAGCCUUCAAAGAAUGUUCUGACUCAUUUAGGUACGCACAUGGUGUGGAAUUCUCCGGAAGCCCCUCCAGCUCAAGAUAUGCAAACUCCAAAAGCCAGAACCUGAGUGAGAGUCCGUAUAUAGAUGGAGGAGGAGAAGCAGUCAGCAGACCCCUCAGCUUCUUGAUACAGAGAGAUAUAGCAAUUCAGAGGUCUGAGUGCUCGAGGAAGGAAUAUGAAUCCACAAGCUUCAGAAUUCAGAGUCUUGAACAAGAACUCAUGUCGCUAAAGAAAAACCUUCAGCUGGAGAAUAUGUCACCGGAAACAGAUCCAGUUGUAAAGAAAUCAGAAGCAGCUAAUUCACUAAACUUUAUGCCGUACAGUUCAUUGAGCAGGCAGAGAAACCCGCUAGGACAAGUGCGUGCUUGCAUUGGUUCUGUGAAUUUUGCUUCCCAUAGAAAGUAUGCCAGUAGGAUAAUAAAGGUGUUUCGUAGAAUAAGAUUAUUUGGGAGGGGUAAAUCAAAGAAAGAGCCAGGUGCCUCUACCGUAUGGCCAUAAAUGAUGUAAUGUAUGAACUAUAUCUUUCUGAUGCAUGAAAUUCAGAAAACAACUUCCAAGUAAUUCUACAA